AUGCCAAAAUACGCCAAAUUUCUCAAGGAGCUUCUAACUAAUAGAAAGAUGAUCAAAGAAGUGAAGAAAGUGGUUCUAAAUGAAAGUUGUUCAGCUGCCAUGUUGAACAAACUACCAAAGAAGAAGCGUGAUCUGGGAAGCUUAACCUUACCUUGUCAAAUCGGAAAUGUAGCUACCAUCUAUGCAUUCACUGAUUCAGGGGCGAGUGUAAAUCUCAUGACAUACUCAUUUUUCAAGAAAUUAGACCUCCCGGAGCCAAGGCCAAUUCGAAUGGCAAUUCACCUAGAAAAUAAAACGGUUACAUUCCCAAGGGGAAUAUGCGAAGAUCUACUGGUGAAGGUUGAUAAGUUCGUAUUUCCCGCGGACUUUAUAGUUUUACACAUGGAAGCGGAUCCUCAAGUCGCAAUCAUUCUUGGAAGACCUUUCCUUAACGUCGUAAGCGCUAUAGUUGACAUGAGAGUUCCAAACUUACUCUACGGGUAG